AUAAAAAUGAAAGAGGCUCUUGUUUUCCUUCUUUUGUUAACCAACAAGUUUCCAAAGAAGUUCAAUAUUUUCUCAAAAAGGAAAUGUGCAUUUUAUGUUUUGUGUCUUGUUCUUCUAGUUUCGGUUUUAGAAGCACCUGUAACAAAACCAAAUUUUGUAAACUUCAUCGAAUGUCUUGGCAAUCGGACUGGUCCGGAGAAUCCAAUCACCGAUGCCAUCUUCAUCGCCGAUAACACCACCACCUUCUUGUCUUCUUACGUGGCAUACACGAAAAACACGAGGUUCUCUAGCCCUAACUUAAAAAGACUACUAGCCAUCGUAGCGGCGAAACAUGUAUCUCAUGUUCAGGCCACGGUGGUCUGCGCUAAGUCUAAUGGUAUCCAGAUACGUAUCCGAAGCGGUGGUCAUGACAACGAGGGCCUUUCUUACAUGUCGUCUGUGCCAUUUGUCAUUCUGGAUAUGCACAAUCUGAGGUCUAUUUCUGUUGACUUGUCUAGCAAGCAAGCAUGGGUUCAAGCUGGUGCGACCUUGGGAGAGCUCUACGUAAAGAUCAAUGAGGCUAGUCAAACCCUAACGUUCCCGGCUGGUGUUUGCCCUACGGUAGGAGCAGGAGGACACAUAAGCGGUGGAGGGUUUGGAAACCUGAUGAGAAAAUUCGGAGUUACAGUAGAUCAUGUCAUUGAUGCUCAACUAAUUGAUGUCAACGGCAAGCUCUUGAAUCGAUCUACCAUGGGAGAAGAUCUUUUUUGGGCGAUUCGUGGAGGUGGUUCGAGUUUUGGAGUUAUACUCUCUUGGAAAAUAAACCUCGUCGAGGUUCCAAAGAUCCUGACAGUAUUUAAGGUUAACAAAACAUUGGAACAAGGAGGCACUGACGUUCUCUACAAGUGGCAACUUGUCGCUAAUAAACUCCCUGAUAGUCUUUUCAUAACAGCAUGGCCUCGAACCGUAAAUGGAGCAAAACCUGGCGAGAGAACUAUCGCAGUUGUAUUCUAUGCUCAGUUCUUGGGUCCAAAAGAUAAGCUGAUGGAGAUAAUGAACCAGAACUUCUCUGAGCUAGGGCUAAGACGUGACGAUUGUCAUGAAAUGAGCUGGCUUAACACGGCGUUAUUUUGGGCCAAUUUCCCGCCGGGUACACCCAAGAGUGUCCUUCUAGAUAGGCCUACGAAUUCAAUAUCCUUUAAGAGCAAAUCGGAUUUUGUCAAAAAACCAAUCCCCAAAGAAGGACUAGAGAAGCUUUGGAAGACAAUGUUUAAAUUCAACAGUAGUGUCUCGUUGCAAUUCAACCCUUACGGUGGAGUGAUGGACCGUAUUGCGGCGACGGCGACAGCGUUUCCUCACCGUAAAGGAAACUUGUUCAAGAUUCAGUACUCUACGAUGUGGUUGGACGCAAACGCCACAGAGAGUAGCCUGGCUAUGAUGAAGGAGCUUUUCGAGGUAGCGGAACCGUACGUCUCAAGUAAUCCGAGAGAGGCGUUCUUUAAUUUCAGAGACAUUGAUAUUGGAAGCAAUCCGAGUGGUGAGACAAACGUAAAUAAGGCUAAGAUCUACGGAUACAAGUAUUUUUUGGGGAACUUAAAGAGAUUGAUGCAAGUUAAAGCUAAGUAUGAUCCUGAGAAUUUCUUCAAGAACGAGCAGAGUAUUCCUCCUGUUCGUGUAGUAUAGUGAUAUGAUAUUAGUCUUUUAUCAAGUGUAAUAUGUUAUGUGGGCAUGUGUUAUGGGCUUAUAACCUUUAUGUACGUAGUUUGCUAUGUUUAAACAUAACUCAAUAACGAAAUUGAUUAGUAUACGUAGGGUACGUAACUUCCUCAUGCAAGCUUAUUACUCUCGUUUUGUAAAAAUGUUUUUAUUUGUUUUCAUGGAUAGAUGUUGCAAA